CGGGUCCACGUCGAACGCCAUGACUUUUGGAGACUCAGCUUUUCAUCGACAUUUGAUCGCCCUCAGUGCUGAAUAUGACCGAUUGACUGCAGAAAAUGAAGAGUUGAGGAGAGGCAAUUCGCCAUUGUUCAAUUUGCGGCAUGAGGACAGUCCACCGCCAAAACAGCCUUUGACCGCUUUCGCUGAACCGAGCCCAAAGUUGGACUUGCUGGAGUUGCCAUGCAUGCCAGACGAGUAUCCAGGCGAGGGCGAUGAUAACGAGAAUGACAAAGUUCCAAGAGCAUCCAGAGUAUCAAGAAUGAGACAUCAACGCUCUACAGUGGUCGCUACUGUGCCAAAGUCGGAGGAGGCAGAAGAUGCGUCGACCUUCCUAUUGAUGUUGGACGUCAUUCCUGCUGCUGUUAUCAUGAUGAGUGCUGCCGUGGCUGGUUUGUCUGCAGACAUUGCGCCGAAUCAUGAGGUGUGGAGAAUCCUCGAGAUUGCCUUCACAACCUUUUUCAUCGGAGAAUGUUUUGUAAAGAUGAAGGUGUUUGGAAUGCAGGAAUACAUUGGGGGUGCUGAUUGGUAUUGGUCGUGGUUUGAUAUCUUGUGCGUGAUCCUCGCUCUUGUGGAUCUUAGCAUCACCUACAUCACUGAAGCUUCUUCGGAAGGUGGUGCUGACACCGGAGCGAUAAGUUCUUUAAAGAUGCUGAAGUUGGCAAGAUUGGGAAGGAUUGUUCGUUUGCUGAAGUUCAAGAUUUUCCAAGAGCUCAAGCUCAUGAUCCAGGGCGUUUUCACUGGACUGCGAGUGCUCUUCUGGGCGGUUGUCCUGUUGGUGGGCUGCAUGUAUUUGCUUGGAGUCGUCACACGCACCCUCUUCGGGAAUGUGGAUGACCUGAAUGUGAGAGAAGAAUUCAGCACGGUACCGGCAGCAAUGUUUACUUGCUUCCGGUGUUUUACUGACGGAUGUGCGGCAACAGAUGGCACGCCAUUGCAGGAGCACCUAAGAAGAUUCUUCGGUGCGCCAUUUAUGUUUUCGUAUAUCCUGAUCUUCCUCUUCAUCACAACAGGGAUUUUCAACCUCAUCAUCGCAGUUUUCAUUGACAACGUCUCGGAUGGAAGUACCAAAAAGAGACAGCGUCAAUUGGGCCAAAAUGGCCCCAAGACUGCAUGGCUCAUCUCCUCUGCCCUGAGACACAUCAUCUUGACGAAUCUGUAUCAGCAAGAACAAGAAGGACAAGCAAACAAGCGCCGAAUGUCCAAGCUUCUCAAGGAACAGAUAAGCAGCCUUCAAGAAAUGUAUGGCAAGCAUACGCACACAAAUGCAGAGUAUGAAGAGAAGACGGAAGAGAUCCGAAAGCAAAUGACAAAGCGAGAAGUGGUGGUUACCAAGGACGAGUUCAACACCUGGCUCAACUGUGAGAAAGAGCUCAUCAGCCGACUUGACGAAUCGGAAAUCGACAUGAGUUGCAAGUCUGACUUGUUUGAUGUACUGGAUGCCGAUCUCAGUGGCGAAUUGGAAUUCGAGGAAAUGGUAGACGGUCUCUUGAAAUGUCGUGGGCCAGUGUCAAAGACGGACAUCAUUGCCAUCCGGCUGAAGUCGUCUUUGAUAGUUCGGAUGAUGAAUGCAGUUUGUGACAAGCUGGGAAUUCAAGAUGUAUGAUUUAGAUUGAUUUAGUGGGUCAGGUUCGCGAAUCUGAGUUCUUUGAUGCCAUGUUUGGUGGUUGCUCGUUUG